UGAAAAAUAAAAUAAUAUAAAUUAAUUAAAAUACAAAUAUAAAUAAAUAAAAUGAUAAAAAUAAUAUUAAAUAAAUAAAUAAAAUUAUACAAAAUAAAUACGUACAUAAAUAAAUAAAUGCAAUGUUUAUUGUUGUUGUUAAGAUCUAAAUAUAAAAUCACUUGUAUGAAUGAUGGUAAAAAAAGCCAGUUUGUGAUGUAAAACACUGGCAAGUCCUGAUUUAGAAAAUCUUUAACAAACGGACCUGAAUGGACAAAGACGGAUGCUUUUAUAUUAACCUGCAGAAGUCAGGAGAUUCACUUCUAAUGAUCCACUAGACCCCAUUAGACUCUGACUGUCCAACAGAUUUAUGUCAUGAUCGUGUAAAGACGUUCAGAAGAACAGAACUGUAGAAGUUUUCCAGAAUCUGCGUGUCCCAGAAUCCUUUGCGCUGGAGUGGAUAAUCACAGACCUGUGUGAGUUUGUAAAGCUCCUUACAAAUCCUCUUAAAGAUUCCAUGGUGAGAAGAAGCGGCACAUCGUGGAGGCUGUGAACAGUGGAGGAUCUGUGAGCGCAAUGCAGAGUCCAGACAUGAACGGAUACACCGGAGUCACAGCGCAGUCCUCACAGAUAAACGGUCACGGCUCACUGUCUCCAGAUGUUCCUGCCAAAAGGUCGGGUGGUAAAGCUCUGUACGGAACAGAUGGAGUUUAUUUCCUGCACACCUCCGCCAAACACAAAAAGAAAGAGCAAAGGAAGAACUACACCAAAAACAGCAUCAACAGCCUGACGGACACGUCACAGUACCAUGUGGAGCAUCUGACCACGUUUUUGAUGGACCGUAAGGAGGCGAUGCUGACCAUCGAGGACGGCGUCAGAAAGCUGCGUCUGCUGGAUGCCAAAGGCAAGGUGUGGACGCAGGACAUGAUCCUGCAGGUGGACGGGAAAGCCGUCAGCCUCAUCGACAACGACAGCAAGAACGAGCUGGAGAACUUUCCUCUGGCCUCGAUCCAGCACUGUCAGGCCGUGAUGAACGCUUGCAGCUACGACUCCAUCCUGGCGCUGGUGUGUAAGGAGUCCGGUCAGGGCAAACCGGACCUGCACCUGUUCCAGUGCGACGACAUCAAGGCCAAUUUGAUCCACAUGGACAUUGAGAGCGCCGUCAGCGACCACAAGGGCGGCAAGGUCAAGAAGCGUCCGGAGGUGCUUAAAAUGAUCCUGAAGAGUGACGGGACCAUCCCUCCGCCCCCAGGAGGCCCCGCCCCUGAGCCUCCAGGAGCUGUCAAUCAAACAGACAGCAAGAGCCGAGUGGCCAGUUGGACUGCGUGGACCAGUGAGCAGCAGGAGCAUGAUCCACAGAGACAUUACACAGAGCUGGACGGCUCUCCUGAGAUGAGCGCAGCGCAAGUGGACAGAGAUGUACAAAUCCUCAAUCACAUUCUGGACGACAUCGAACACUUCGUCACCAAACUGCAGAAAGCCGCCGAGGCCUUUAAUGAGCUCUCCAAACGCAAGAAAACCAAGAAGAGCAAAAAGAAAGGACCCGGAGAGGGAGUUUUGACGCUGAGAGCUAAACCUCCGUCUCAGGACGAGUUUAUCGACUGCUUCCAGAAGUUCAAACAUGCCUUCAACCUGCUGGGGAAGUUGAAGAACCACAUUCAGAAUCCCAACGCUGUGGAUUUGGUCCACUUCCUGUUCAACCCUCUCGGACUGGUGAUCCAGACGUCUGGAGGGGUGGAUCUGGCUAAAAGCGUGAUCGUUCCUCUCCUCACCAGAGAAGCCAUUGACUUCCUGCACGCGGCGGGUUCGGCGGAGGAGAGACACCUAUGGGUCACGCUGGGAGACGGAUGGACCAAAUGCAGGUUGGAGUGGCCGAAGGAUCACCCGUUUCCUCCGCACACGCUGUGUUUCCGGGACGGCUGGGAGCCGCCGGUGCUGGUGUCUCGUGAGCAGGACGUGGCUCAGCUGGCGGAGAGGCUUGGCGCGGCGCAGACCGAGGUUCAGAGACCUGUGGACAGACCUCCGCUCGACCCGGUGGUCCAGGACUUCCCCGGCGCAGACGGGUAUGGCUACAGUCACACUUCUUACAAGCGUUUGCACCUUCUGGAGCCAGACAUGGCCGUGGCUGCUUUUAAACACGCGGUCAGCCGUCAUGUAGAUAGGAACCUUGAGGCUCACAGCCGGACGCAGAGGAACUUUGCCAAAUCCAGAUACGACUUUGUGGCCAGAAACAACACUGAACUGUCUGUGAUGAAAGACGAGGUGGUGGAGGUGCUGGAUGACAGGAAGCAGUGGUGGAAGGUGCGAAACGGGUCGGGCGCUGCAGGAUAUGUGCCAAACAACAUCCUGGAGAUCAGCAGGGCAGUGGACAUGACGGGCCGCGGGGAGCCCAUCUAUAGCCACACCAUACAGAAGCAGCGCGCAGAUUAUGUGCCCAAACCGGCGGUGACGGAAGCCCCACCCACCCCGAUGGCCCCGCCCCCUCCCGCCCCGCUGCAGAUCCCCACCCCCCCACUGCUGCCCGCAUCCGCCCAACAUCAGGACACACCACCGGCUGACGGCCAACAACACAACAGCAGCAGCAGCGAGAGCGACGGCGUGACCAUGAGAGAACAUCAGAGAGAGAGACCCGCGCCCGCCAGCCGCCGGAAGUCCAACAUGGAGGAGGUUCAGGACGAGCUGAUGCACAGACUGACUCUGGGCCGCAGCGCUCAGAAGAAGUUCCAGGCUCCGUCUCGCUCCUCCAGCCUGCCGGCGAUCAACAUCACGUACGACUCCAUGCCGGACGAGGUCAAGGCCUGGCUGCAGCUCAAAGGCUUCAGCGAAGUGACUAUCAACAGCCUGGGUGUGUUGACCGGCGCUCAGCUUUUCUCUCUGAACAAAGACGAGCUGAAGACCGUCUGUCCUGAUGACGGCGCUCGGGUCUACAGCCAGAUCACCGUCCAGAAAGCUGCUCUCGAGAGGAGCUCUGCCUCGGAGCUGCAGGAGGUCAUGAGGAGGCGGCAGGAGAAGCUGGCGGUGGCAGCGGCGGCGAGCGAUUCUGGCGUGGAGUCCUUCGACGAGGGGAGCAACCACUGACCCCUCUCUCACCUCUGUCACCUCUGACCUUUUACAGGACGCCAUGGAGCGUGCUCAGUUUGCCGCCAUAAUGCGCCGUCGUCAAGAACUCUUGGACCCGUCCGAUAACGGAACCGGAUCGGAUGCGGAGGAACAGGCGUGACGAGAUGCGAGAGGAAGUUCGCUUUUUGUAGAGAUGUGAACGUUGCUGCAGCGUUCUCCGUAGGUUCCUGUGAGAACAUCAGAGCAGUAUGUAGUCUAGUGCCAUCGAGUUCUGCCUUCAUAGUCCAACAUCCUGGAACGAUUCAUAUAUAUUUGCAGUCAUAUUGUACUUUUACUGCUCAGACAGAAAACAUCUGUAAAUAUUCCCACACGAUUGGCUGGAUCUUGGACCAAAUAUUGAUUCGAUUAACUAUUGUUCCUCACAGACACUUCUGACUAAUGACGUCUUGAAGUUCAGCCAGAUUAUUUAUCAGCCGCUUUGAAUGUAUGUGGAGAUGUAUGGGUAAGACGUGUAGAUUUUUUUUACUAGCAGAAUAAUAUUUCUGUACAUGACCGUUUUGUACUGAAUUGUACUGCCAAAAGAGAAGCUUUAUGGAAAUGAAACGUCCGUUUCUGUAGAUCUGACGUUUGUUGCGUUGGCCUGAAUUAUUUGAGUUUCACAAGGACAUGUGACCGGUUUUGGGCCAAAAUCCUCCUGCAGUCUCAUCGUCUUCUUCCUCUGUCUGCAGAUCUCAUUCUAAUGAUGAUAUUGAUGCCAUCAAACCUUCUGAAAUAUAAAUGACUUCUUGUAAGCAUUGAUUAUUUUCUUCUCUGUCCCAGUAAUGUGACUGAUGUUUGGCCAAAUCAAUCUCUGGGUUCAAGGUUCCUGUUUAAACACAAAUUUCGCACAUUCAGUCUGUAAAUAUGUAAACUGUGUGCAGAAUAAAUGGAAUCAUGUGA